UUAUAUAUCUGAAACUAAAUAAAACCCGAGUAAACCCUCAGUCACCACUCUGUAGAGAGAGAAAGAGGGAGGGAAGGAGAGUCUAGUGAGAGAAAAUAGGUAUGGCGAAGGAUAGCUGUCUAACUCGAAUUGCCGCAGGCGUUGCAAUCGGUGGUGCUCUUGGUGGCGCCGUUGGUGCUUGUUAUGGAACAUUUGAGGCUAUUAGGUACAAGAUUCCAGGGCUUCUGAAAAUCAGGCAUAUUGGACGAAGCACACUAGGCAGUGCUGCGGCCUUUGGUCUUUUCUUGGGUGCUGGGAGCUUGAUACACUGUGGGAAGUCUCACUAAGCCGUGUUUGAGUUUACCAAAUAAGUUAUUUUGUAUUCUGUUUUGCUUACGAACUAUUGGUUGAGUUGGAUAUACAUGCCUGUAGACAAAUAGCUUAGAAUGGUGUUAUCGCGAUUAACCACUCUUCAUAUGUGGUGUUUUGCAUGUCUGUCAUUGUUGGAGUUCUCAAAAACUCUUAAUGAUGUUUAGAAUUUUUAUUUCAACGGAAGUUUCUUUGCAUUUC